GAUACCGGACUAGCAUAUAAUGGACAAGAUGAACCCCCCACGUCCAUGAAUCCAAUUGGCCCUGAAAGCUUUUCGCAAAUCACCUUCACAAACAUAAAGCCGUCUUAUAUACCUAGAACUGAUAUCCAAUGCAACUUUUACAAAAGACAAGAAUUCCAGUCUGGCUCCAAAGACUGGGUGGGAAUUUUUAAGGUUGGAUGGCAAACCACAAAAGAAUAUUACACAUGGAUUUCACUAUCAAGUAGUGUGGAGAACGAGGUUCUAUUCAAAGCCUAUUAUCUGCCAAAAGAUGAUGAAUACUAUCAAUUCUGCUAUGUGGACCAGAAUGGAGAAGUUCGGGGAGUCAGCACCCCUUUCCAGUUCAAAGAGGAUGAUAAUGAAAUUGUGAUAGUGACAACACAGGAGGAAAUGGAAAACAUAACCGAGGAGAACACAAGGCUUAAGAAAAAAAACCAGGAUCAGGCUGAGAUGAUCCAGACCCUACAGGCUCAGUUACACACUGCUACAGAGAAGAACAACACACUGGAGAAGGAAAAUAUGGAUCAGGCUGAGAUGAUCCAGACCCUACAGGCUCAGUUACACACUGCUACAGACAAGAACAACACACUGGAGAAGGAAAAUAUGGAGUUGCAAGUCCAAGUGAAAAACCUUAAAGAGGAAAUAGAAACAAUGAAGAGGGACAAUCUAGAAAUAAAGCUACAACAAAUUGGACUGCAGGAUUUAGAAACAGAAUUGGAGCAAAAGACCAUGGAUUUGGAAAAAAUAGAGGCUAAAUAUAAAAAGUUGCAGAGUGAGAAUGAAGCCAAGAACCAAGCAAUAGUGAACCUCACUGGUCUAUUAAAAAGCUGUAAAGAAGAAGUCGCCCAACAGAAACAAAAGUUUGAGGUGCAAGCAAGUAUGUUGGAAAAAGAGAAAAAACUGAAAGAGGAGUUACAGCAUUCACUGGAGAAUGAGAAAAUGAAGGCAAUGGACCUGGAGAGCAAUUCCAAGAAUAAUACUACAAUACUCAGGACAGCAGAAGACUCUAAAAUCAAAUUACAACAGCAGCUGGCUUUACAGCAGGAGCAUUUGAAGAAAAUGGAGAACGAUAAGAAGAUUAAUGACAACUUAGAGGAAUUGAAUGACAGACAGGAGGAUGGUGUCAAAGUCGCCUCUUCUUGGGGAUAG